UUUAUCUUCGCCAAGCUUCUUCCCGUCUCACACGCUUUUCGGCGCUUCGGUACAUUCGUUAGGCUCGCGCAGCCACGGGGCCGGUCUGUAAGCGGGUAAAUUGUCGGUGUCGAGGUGCUUUUCAGGCGCCGAGUGGCCGCUGCCAGCGCCGAGACUUGUGCUUUUGUGCUGUACCGGAGGACAACUGAAUGUGCAGGAAGAUGCUGCGCCCCGGAACCUGAAUGUUCGGUGCUUGUGCGUUGGUUGCUUCUCUGUGGGACUCUUUCAUUCAUGCCCGCUGGUUUAGCCGUGGAUGAGGUUGCAUCCUCAAAGGUAGAGGGACUCGACCCCCUGAGGGAUGAAGAGGAGAAGUCAGAUGGAGACAAAGAGCUUGCAGCCAUACUGGCGUCUCCCCUAGCAGCGGAGGUGAUGCUCAACGGCACAGAAGGUGACAUCACCACGCACAAGAACCUGCUGACAGGCCACAAUAAGACUGUACUGUUGGUGAAUGAAAAUGGCACAUCAGACACGGAGCCCCCACAUGGUUCUGUUACUGGCAGCAAUGGAUUCCUUCUCACCAUGCCACUGCAGCAGCAGGAAGCUACAGCCUCUCUGGGUUCAGGAGCGUCCCCCCACAGGACUAACCGGUUCCCCUCGGGCUCGCCGACGGGGGAACUCAUAGCCAAACCCGUCCCCGACUCGGGCUCUGUGCUGAGCUCAGGUGCUUUAAGGACUGCCCCCGUUACUGGGACUACACUGGGACAGGGGACUCCAGACACUAUCAAUGGCCCCGCUUCAUGCCCCGUCCCAACUACGGCGCCCACCACCGUUCACCGAGCUCGAAAGACCAUGUCCAGGCCGGCCGUGAGCCCGGCACAGAAGCUUCUGAACAAGGAGUUACGGCAAGCGAAGAGUGCCAAACUGGAGUCUCAAGUUGAGUUGGAUGUGCAGGAAUCUUCUCAGCUGUUGCCUGUUCAGAACCAUCUACCUCAGAGUCCACCAGACGGGCCCGCUUCAGCACAGACGGUGUCACCAGCAGCUUCUACAGAACCAGGAGCUCCCUCACCUUCUCCACAUCCUACUAAGAUCCAGCUAGGACCGUAUUCAGCAGGUUUCUCAUCUCGGAAGAAGAAGAGGAGGAUGGGAACGUACAGCCUGGUUCCUAAGAAGAAAACCAAAGUGCUCAAGCAGAGAACUGUACUGGAGAUGUUUAAGGAACUACAGCAGCAGUCCAAGAGCCCACAGAUAAAAGAGAUGGUGAACAUCAACGGGGAGAAGGUGGGGAAUGCAUCUGAGGAGGAAGAGUGGGAGGAUGUGGAGUCGUCGGAGGAGGAGCGGCAGCGACGAGUCACAGAACCUGCCACUGCUCUCCAGGAGACCUCUGGAUCCACGGAUCAGGCGAAAGAUGAGCAGGAGUCCUACGAUUCUGAGGAGGAUGAGGGAGAGGAGGAGGGAACGGAGUCGGACUUGAGCUCCGAGUCCAGUCUGAAGAAGAAGCUGAAGAAUAAAACAAAAGCCGACAGCGCGUGGCUCAGACCCCCCAGGAAGAGGAAAAGGAGAACGAUCCACAAAGAAUCGGAGCCGGAUGUCCAGCCUCACACUUCAGCACCUGCUGAUGAGGAGCCACACACACAGGUGCUCCCGCUGGAGUCCGUCAGCAUCGACAGGACGUCACAAAGUAAAGACUCUUCUGUGUCAGCCAUGGAGGAUUCUCAGGAGCUUCCGCUAUGCAGCUGUCGUAUGGAGACCCCAAAGAGUCGAGAGAUCCUCAUCCUAGCAGACAGGAAGUGCAUGGCCACAGAGAGCGUGGACGGACAGCUGACUCGCUGCCAGAGCGCUGUCCUGAAGCAUGAAAUGAUGCGUCCCUCCAACUCCGUUCAGCUGCUGGUUUUGUGUGAGGACCACCGCAGCGGCAUGGUGAAGCACCAGUGCUGCCCUGGCUGUGGCUUCUUCUGCAGAGCGGGGACGUUCAUGGAGUGCCAACCAGACUUCAGCAUCUCCCACCGCUUCCAUCGGGCCUGUGCCUCGAUGCUAAAAGGUCAAAGCUUCUGUCCUCACUGUGGAGAUGAGGCCAGCAAGGCCAAGGAGGUCACUAUCGCCAAGGCUGACACCACCUCCACAGUUCCUGUGGCAGCAGCAGCUCACGGGCCUGCCACGCUCGGGGCUCCUGAGGGCAGAGCAGACACCACCACUGGAAGCUCUUCGUAUUUAGCUCCUGUGGCUGAAGUGAGUGGCAGAGCCGACAGCUCACUUCCCAUCCCUUCAUCCGGACUCGACGCCUCAGCUGUUCCUGGCUCAUUCAGGAACGCCGCUCUCCAGGCUGUGAUGGGAACACCAGCCCCUCCCACACUCCUCCCAGGAACGCCGAGAGAAACUCUGGAGAGCAUCCUGGUUGCUCUCGACACAGAGAAACCCAAGAAACUCCGUUUCCACCCAAAGCAGCUUUACCUGUCGGCCAAGUCGGGAGAACUGAAGAGAGUGGUUCAUAUGUUAGUUGAUGGUAUUGACCCAAACUUCAAAAUGGAGUCCCAGAGCAAGCGUACGCCGCUGCAUGCGGCAGCAGAAGGAGGUUACAUCGACAUCUGUCACAUGUUGGUUCAGGCCGGAGCAAACUUAGACAUUUGCGAUGAAGACCAGCGGACUCCUCUGAUGGAGGCGUGUGAGAACAACCACAUGGAGGUGGCUCUUUACCUGCUCAGAGCUGGAGCCAGCGCCACACACAAGGACGUUGAAGGGUUCACGUGUCUCCACCUAGCGGCCAAGUCUGGUCAUUACAAGGUUGUGGAGCACCUUCUAACCACGGGACUGAUCGACAUCAACUGUCAGGAUGAUGGUGGCUGGACGGCCAUGAUCUGGGCCACGGAGUACAAACAUGUGGACCAAGUGAAGCUGCUUCUUUCCAGAGGAGCUGACAUCAGCAUCAGGGAUAAGGAGGAAAACAUUUGUCUCCACUGGGCGGCGUUUUCUGGCAGCGUGGAGAUCUCCGAGCUGCUGCUGAACGCUCACUGCAGCCUGCGAGCCGUCAACGUCCACGGAGACUCCCCUCUGCACAUUGCUGCCCGAGAAAACCGCCUGGAUUGCGUCAAGCUUUUUUUGUCUCGGGGAGCUGAUGUGUUCCUGAAGAACCAUGAGGGCGAAACUCCUCCGGACUGCUGCAGCCACAACUCGCGGGCGUGGGCCGUCCUGCAGGCCAACAAGAAGGACCGGGACUCCAAGAGCAUCAAGCUCAGCCUCUCUGAUGAGAAGCUCCUUCACAGUGACGUGUCUUUAGGGCAGGAGCAAGUCCCCGUUCCUUGUGUGAACUCCGUGGACAGCGAACCUUACCUGGAAGACUUUAAAUACAUCUCAGAAAACUGUGUCACCUCCCCCAUGAAUAUAGACCGGAACAUAACACACCUACAGUACUGUGUUUGUAAGGAGGACUGUUCAGCGAGCAUCUGCAUGUGUGGACAGCUCAGUCUGCGCUGCUGGUAUGACAAGAGCGGCUGCCUUCUUCCCGAGUUCUGCCGUGAGGAGCCGCCUCUCAUCUUUGAGUGCAACCACGCAUGUUCCUGCUGGAGAACUUGCAAGAACCGAGUGGUACAGAAUGGACUCAGGACCAGACUACAACUCUUUAGGACCAGUAAAAAAGGCUGGGGGGUGCGGACUCUGCAGGACAUACCACAGGGGACCUUCGUGUGCGAGUACGUGGGUGAAAUCAUCACUGAAUCAGAGGCGGAGCUGAGACAGAACGAUGCUUACCUGUUCAGCCUGGACGACAAGCCUGAAGACCUGUAUUGCAUAGAUGCCCGUUACUAUGGCAACAUCAGCCGCUUCCUGAACCACAUGUGCGAGCCGAACUUGUUCGCUUGUCGAGUUUUCACGACGCACCAGGACCUUCGAUUCCCACACAUUGCCUUCUUUGCCAGUGAGAACAUCAAGGCCGGUGAAGAGCUCGGGUUUAACUAUGGCGACCACUUCUGGGAAGUCAAGAGCAAACUGUUCAGCUGUGAGUGCGGCUCCUCUCGGUGUAAGUACUCCUCGGCGGCCCUGGCGUCGCUGCAGGCCGACAGCACGCCCGAGGACCGGCAGCAGCCCAGCGCUUUGCCCGAUACCAGCUCUUCCAACAGCCCCUCCUAAAAAACAAGCACCCCCCGAACCGCGGACGGGGCGUCCUGUUGUACUGUAACUCCGUUCCCAUGACGACAAAGGACCACACCGCUCAUGAGAACCUGUAAGACUCGGAUCCAGAUGCACAAACCGAUUCUGGAAGACUAUUCCAUCAAACACAAACAAACAAACAGGAAGUGACAUCACGCACAGGUAAACAGUCUGCAUCCAUACCUGUGCUGCGAAGGGCAACUCUGUGUUUUGUCAUUUUUUUAAAAAUGAUGAUUAGUCGACGUUGUGUUUAAGGAACUGUUCAGCAGAACCCGGGUGGGCGUCAACGCCGUGACCACCGACCAUUCCAGCUGAUCCAACACGUCGCCACGUUUUUGUCAUUUCUUUUUCUCGUAGUGUUUGGAAGGACGCGUCUCACGUUCGCCACCACCGCUGAAGUUCAGUUUAUGUGAAAGACACGAGUCGGUUUUUGAUUCUUAACAAGCACCUUGAGUCUAAGGGUGGAAGAUGCUGAGUCAUUCCUCACAGAUGAGGCUUUUCAAUUGGCUUUGAUCCUUUUUAACAAACUUUAUCUCCGUUAUUGCCGCGGCUGCAAAUGAAUCGAUGAAACCCAAGAUGAAGAAAAAACUUAAGAAAACGGUGCUGAUAGUUUCUUUUCUUCUCGUUGUUUUUAUGAUCCAAGUGAACAUAAUUUGUAAAAUAAGAGGAUGUUUUUAUGUUUCUGUUUACUGUUUGUUUUAACUCCAGUUUUCUAAUCAUGUUUGGAUUUUAAUUUUCUUUCCUGAACUUUGAGACCGAAGCCAAAUCAUCAUUUUAACUGUUGUGAGGAAAGCAGCGACUCUUGUGCAAAGUUAAAAAACACAAGUAAAAAAAGAAAAGGUGAUAAAAUUGCACUUCCACUGAGUUCUGUUACAUAUUUCUGGACUGUGAACCAUCCGUCUGACUGGUUGUAUCUUUUUCAAUAAAUUUAAUAGUAAUAAUG